AUGACGUACCUGAAGGCAGAGAGAAUAGUGCAGCGCUCUUCAGGAGAAAACCUCAUUACCCUUAAUGUACAUCCAGGACUUCACAGUACAGAUCUGUCAUAUAAUCCUCCUAAUUAUGAGGAACCUUCUCCUGACCAAUCACAGAUUGUUACCGCAAGUACAAGUCAGAAAAGGAUUAAAAGGUUUCAUUGUGGUAAAGAAUCCACAAACAGCUCAGGACUUUCUACACACCGAAGACAUCACAAAGGAGAGAAAAUGUUUUCAUGUUUAGAAUGUGGGAAAUGUUUUAUAUAUAAAUCAGAUCUUGUUAUACAUGAGAGAAGUCACACAGGAGAGAAACCAUAUUCAUGUUCAGAAUGUGGGAAAUGUUUCUUAUGGAAAUCAAUUCUUGUUUUACAUGAGAGAAGUCACACAGGAGAGAAAUCAUAUACAUGUUCAGAAUGUGGGAAAUGUUUUACACAGAAAUCCAAUCUUGUUAAACAUGUGAGAAUUCACACAGGAGAGAAAGCAUAUACAUGUUCAGAAUGUGGGAAAUGUUUUAGACAAAAAUCACAUCUAGUUACACAUGAGAGAAGUCACACAGGAGAGAAGCCAUAUUCGUGUUCAGAAUGUGAAAAAUGUUUUACAAUGAAAUCAAAUCUUGUUAGACAUGAGAGAAGUCACACAGGAGAGAUGCCAUAUUCAUGUUCAGAAUGUGGGAAAUGUUUUACAAUGAAAUCAAAUCUUGUUAUACAUGAGAGACGUCACACAGGAGAGAAGCCAUAUUCAUGUUCAGAAUGUGGGAAAUGUUUUACACAGAAUUCAAAUCUUCUAAAACAUAAGAUAAAUCACACACGAGAGAAGCUGCAUUCAGAAUGAGAAAAAUGUUUUUGUUUCUAAAGCCAUAAUUAGGGGUCAUUAGUGAAGUCACACAAGAGAGAAGCCAUAUGGCCACAAUAUAAGGAAACAAUAUAUCACUUUUCAUUGAUU